AUGCGUGUCGUUGGCCGCGAUGACGGCGGUGUCGUUGGUGGCGGCGGCCGCGCUAAUUGGUGCCCUUCCGCCACAAGAGAGUUUAUUGUGUUGGCGGCGGGCCAAGUGUUCGUCUUCCUCGGCGGCAGCGGCGGCGGCGGCGGCGGCUAUCGAUUCCUCCCCGUCACUCCUAAACCGCGGAACCGGGCCGUCCCGCGAGCCCUUAUUAUCGCGACGGGUCGGCCGCCGGCACGGAGUGACACGGACGCGAAUUCUCGAAGCGGAAACGUGGAAAACGUGUGCCGCGCGCCCGACGUCGUGUCGAAAGAACUCGUCCCGGGCGGCGGCGGUGGUUACGACCCGCGUUCGGCGCGUACCGUACAAAUCGGUAAUGUUUCCGAAUUCCUUUUGCCGCACCGCACCGGCGUUCGUACAAAAGGACGGCCGGACUGUCACGCAACGCGCAAACAUGUUCACUACCCCAGCCCCCUGCCCUAG